AUGUCCACAACUCAAGGCAGAAAUUUACAGACCUCAUGCAGGAGCCGUAAAUUCCACCCCGUUGCCCCGACCGCGGGAGCCAACCCGUCGAGAAUGUUACACAAGCUCAUGCGCCCAGAGAUUCUUCUUCAUAUUUGCGGAUCAUCCGGCGGGGAAGACAGGCUUGGCACAUCUGAGAUGCUGGUACGACCGCUGGUUCCCUUUCCAGCAGGUCCAUCCUUGGAAGAAGUCGAAGACGGUGGAAGUCGACGGUAG